CGUUUCCUUGUGCUCCCCGUCCCAAGCAUGGAGUCGCUGUCUCGGAUCUCCAGCCUGCUGGAAAGUGCUCGAGACCUAACCAUCGAUGCGGCUCAGGCAGCACGGAGCUCGCGCUCCACUCAGAAGAGCCUCUCGACGGCACAGAUUAGGAAGCUGCUUGAUAGCAGGAACGAAAGAGAGGUCCUUGAUGGACUGAGGAAGGUUAUAACUUUGAUGCACCGCUCUCAACCAUGUCUCCCAUUUUUCUCCUCAGUCGUCAAAAACGUCGCCUCCCCAAACCUCGAAAUAAAAAAGCUGGUCUACAUAUAUCUCCUAAGCCACGCCGAAGCUGAGCCCGACCUCGCCCUCCUCUCCAUAAACACAAUCCAGAAAUCUCUAUCUGAUGGGAAUCCCCAAGUUCGGGCCAUGGCCCUCAAAACGAUGUCGGGGAUUCGCGUCCCAGUGAUCAGCCAGAUUGUUUCCCUGGCGAUUCGGAAGGGACUGGGUGAUAUGAGCCCCCACGUACGGAGAGCAGCUGCGCUGGCAAUCCCGAAAUGCUACAGACUGGACCCGGGAACGUUGCCGCAGCUGCUAGGAUACCUGUCGACCUUGUUGGGAGACAAGCAAUAUUACGUGGCUGGUGCGGCAGUGAAGACUUUUAUGGAGAUCUGCCCUGAGAGGCUCGAUUUGAUCCAUAAGCAUUACAGAGGGCUUGUGAAGAAACUCGUGGAUAUGGAUGAAUGGAGUCAACUGGCGACAUUGCAGCUGAUGACUAUUUAUGCAAGGCGAUGCUUUCCGCGAAGGACAACAACUGUGAAGAAGAAGAAUGGAACUAAGGGGUUUUAUGAAGACGAGGAAGACCAAGCAGAAGAAGAAAUCUCCGAGGAGGUUGCUGUGAUAAAUCCCGACCUUGAACUUCUUCUGAAGAGUAUCAAGCCUCUGCUACAAAGCCGCAAUUCAGCAGUCGUCGUGGCUGUCGCACGUGCAUACGUCAACCUCGGAACACCCUCUUAUAUCGAGUCCACGAUUGGGCCUCUCGUUGCCCUCCUCCGUGGGCCCCAAGAUAUCCAACAUAUUGCGUUGUACAAUAUUGUCUCAGUUGCAAUCUCACAGCCACAGUCUUUCGUCCGCUUUGCCUCCCAUUUCCUGGUUCGCACUACCGACCCAGCACAAGUCUGGGAGCUUAAGUUGGAAAUGCUUACCCUGAUAUUCCCGCAUUGCGAUACCCACAUUAAGAGCCUCAUACUCAACGAACUUGAACACUUUGCAUCGGGGUCUGAUCGAGCACUGGUCCGUGAGAGCGUUCGUGCUAUUGGACGUUGUGCACAGUCGGACGCGCAAACGUCGGGACGCUGCAUGAGACUUUUGCUGAAGCAAAUUAGCAGCCCAGAUGGAAACCUGGUUGCGGAAUCGCUGACUGUGAUCCGCCAUCUUAUCCAACAAGACCCAGACUCCCAUAUAAAGACGGUUAUACGAUUAGCAAAGAGCCUAGAUACCACCACGAGCCCAAAGGCUCGCGCCACCAUCAUCUGGCUUGUGGGGGAAUUCUCGGGGAUAGGUGAAGAAGACAACAUUGCGCCUGAUGUGUUACGCAUUCUAGCCAAGAACUUCACAGACGAAGCUGAGCCUGCAAAGCUACAGAUUGUAUUGCUCGCUGCGAAGGUAUACCUGCACUACCUCAACCGACUCCAAGCUUCCGCAGAACCAGCGCCGACCGACAGUGGGUCUCGGCCUGACGGAGGUGACGAUGCGUCGCCUUCCCAGCAAGAAGACUUUAAGCAACCACACUUUGCCAGCCCAGACGAAGAGCAUCCGAUUGUCUUACUAUGGAAUUACAUAUUCCUCCUCGCGCGAUACGACACAUCCUACGAUCUCCGCGACCGUCUCCGCCUCUACCGCUCCCUCCUCUCCACUCCCUCCUCUACACAGCUUGCUACCUUGAUGCUCCUGGCCCCGAAACUGGUACCGCAAGUACCGAGCCCAAGCGAGAGCAGGAAAGGGUUUAUGCUAGGCUCAGCAAGUUUGGUAAUUGGAGAUAGCUUGGGCGGGAUGGGGAUUAAGGGGUACGAAGGAUUGCCGGAUUGGGUGAAGGCGGGUCAGGAGCCGGAUCCGAGUCUCAGGGAAUGGGAAGAGGAGAAGGCGUAUGGUGAGGCCAGUGCAAAGUCUGUGCCGGCUGGGGAAAUGCUGGAUCGGGCGGCAGGGAGCGGGAAGACGGUUGUGGGGAGGAGUGGAGUGAAUGGUGAUGGGGGCGGAGUUAGUGAGGGGGAAGGGAAGGGGAAGGAGAAGGCGAAGACGCUGGAUGAUUGGUUGGCGGAAGAGGAAAGUGAAGAAGAGGAGGAGGAGGAGGGGUCUGAGGAAGAGGGUUCGGACGAAGAGGAGGAUGAAGAGGAGAGCGAAGAGGAGACUGAUGAUGAAGAUGAUGGAGAAAGUGAAGAAGAAAGUGAUGAUGGGGCAGAGGGUGACCAGCUUAUCAAGCGUUGAUAUUGGAAAUAGAUGAGACCCAACGAAAUCUUCAAAUAUUAUAGAACAGGGUAAAAAACCAUAGAGUGAACAAUGUGCAACGGC